AUGUCUUUAGAACGCAAAUUAGAAGGGGACGCACGCUUGAAAAAAUUAUAUGACGAUUUUAUGCGCGAAUACGAGGAUUUAAACCAUAUGAGUAGGAUACAGGAUACCGAAACUGACAAAAGUUCCUACUAUAUGCCUCACCAUGGAGUUAUAAAAAAUGAUAGCUUGACAAUGAAGCUUAGAGUCGUUUUUGACGCGUCGUCGCCAACUUCUUCCGGAUUAUCGCUUAAUAACUUACAAUAUGUCGGUCCCACCCUUCAACAAACUCUUUUUUCUAUUUUGUUAAGAUUUAGGCAACAUGAAUUGGUAGUAAGCGCGGACAUUACAAAGAUGUAUCGCCAGAUUCUAAUAGAGCCCGAGCAACACCGGUUUCAGCGGAUUUUAUGGAGACAAAAGCCGAGUGAUACGUUAACUACAUACGAAUUAAAAACCGUAACGUACGGUACAACAGCGGCAUCAUAA